GAGAGAGAGAGAGAGAGAGAGAGAGAGAGAGAGAGAGAGAGAGAGAGAGAGAGAGAGAUCCGUCCGCUUGUAGGAGAAGACUGAGCAGAUCUGAGCCAUGGCGGCGAAGCUGCUCUUGAAGGCCAGGAGCAAAUUUGUGGAUCAGGUGAACCCUGAACUUCUGAAACAGAUCCUCGACAAGCUUCUGGAGGACGAAGUUCUGAAUGAUCAAGAGAAAAACCCAAUACACAAAUUAAUGAACAGCAACGAUGCUGACGCCGCACGAAGCCUCAUUGACGUAGUGAGGAAGAAAGGAGACAGAGCCAGUGGGAUGAUGAUCGACCACAUUAAGAAUUUGGAUGGUAAUCUUUAUGAUGAGCUUUUCCCACAGAGUACUCAAGGUGCUCAGGGUCCUCAGGGCACUCAAGGUGCUCAAGCAGCUCCCGCCCCACCCUCUGAGUUCUCUGACAAACUCAUUCCAACCACUGAGGCAUUCUGGAGACAGCAGCAAAUGGAUGACGAUGUUUACCCUGUGUUCAAACCUGCCAAAAAACAGCGUGUUGCCCUGCUGAUCACUAACAUAAAGUUUCAAGAUGAGCGGCGCAACAGAAGAGGAGCUGAUAAAGACGAGAGAAACAUGGAGAAGCUGCUCUCAGCUCUGGGCUACGAGGUGGUGAAAUACACCGACCUCACUGCAAAGGAGAUCGAUGAAGCUAUCAUCAAGUUCUCAAAACAUCCAAAACUCACGGACACUGAUAGUGUGUUCGUGGUCAUCAUGUCUCACGGGAAACGAGAUUUUGUUCUCGGUGUUAACUAUAGAGAGGAUGUAUGUGCCAAUGAGAAACCAGAUGAGUUCCCAAUAGACAACAUUUGCAAACACUUGGCAUGUCGUGCCCUGGAGGACAAACCAAAGGUCAUCAUCAUACAGGCCUGCAGAGGAGAGGACCAUGGAUCUCUGCCUGUUUGGGACGGUGUAAACCAAGCUGCGGCCGAUGCCUUUCAGUCAGAUUCAGUAAACCUCGAAGAUGAUGCCCUGCGAUUUGUGCACCAAGAGAAAGACUUCAUCUUCCUUUUGUCCUGCACCCCCAAUACUGUGUCGUACCGACAGCCGGAUCAUGGCUCUCUGCUCAUCCAGUACGUUGUUCAGGUGUUCAACACUGACGCUCAUAAAGAUGACAUCAAGGAGCUGUUCAGAAAAGUCUCGAAGCAAUCUGAAAAAUUCCAACAUGGCAAUAAAAUGCAGAUUGCGAUCACAGACAGAUGCUCGCUGAUGAGACGCUUCUACCUCUUUCCAGGCAUCUAAGUUGUCCAGUUGUCACCGUUGUCCAGCACAGAGGUUAAAGGGGGGUUACGAAAAUCAUUCUGUGCCUAAAAUCAAAACUGUUUUUGUAGAAGGUUCAUUCAAAAGGACCAGAUUGAAAGGUGAAGAACAUCUACCUCAAAAGAGCAGGAGAGAGAACAACCUGCAGAAACAUAAUCAACAAAGCACGAGCUGAGGGGACCAGUGACAACAACUCUGCAGCAUUUAGCAGCACAGUUUGAUGUACCAGCAGGGGUAUACGUCUCGGAGACACAUAAAAAUAUGCUAUGCAAUGCUGACAUAUAUAUACAGACAUAUACAGGACUGUCUCAGAAAAUUAGAAUAUUGUGAUAAAGUUCUUUAUUUUCUGAAAUGCAAUACAAUAUGACUUUUGAGUUUUCUUAAGCUGUAAGCCAUAAUCAGCAAUAUUAAAAUAAUAAAA